AUGGAAGUGGGGAGUAUCCAGAACACUAUGAUUGGGAUGCUGGACAAGCAGAAGGAGCUCGAUGCCAAAGUUAAGGCUGUAAAAAACAGCGUUACAGAUGUGGAGCAAGACAUCAAGACAUUAGAGGAUAUGCAAGAUGAGUAUGACUUCAAAUGCAAAACCAUGCAGAAUAGAGAGCAUGAGUCCAAUGGUAUGUCACAGGAGGAAUAUAAGAAAGAACAGAUGAAUCUCAACAAGAUGUACUUAUCACUUGACCUCAAGAGAAAGGAAGUGGUAAACAAGAUAGUGCAGCUGCUGCAUGCCACAGAGCACACCCAGAGUGCUCUUAUUAAUGAGGAGCUGGUGGAGUGGAAACACAGACAACAGACUGCAUGCAUUGGUGGCCCACCCAACGCCUGUCUUGACCAGCUACAGAACUGGUUCACCAUUGUUGCUGAAAGUCUACAGCAGGUUCGUCAGCAGCUGAAAAAGCUUGAGGAGCUGGAGCAGAAGUUCACCUACGACUCUGAUCCCAUCACAAAAAAUAAACAAGUUCUGCAGGACCGAACAUACAGUCUUUUCAAACAGCUCAUCCAGAGCUCCUUUGUGGUAGAGAGACAGCCUUGCAUGCCAACACAUCCUCAGAGACCAUUAGUCCUGAAGACUGGAGUACAGUUUACUGUAAAGCUGAGAUUGCUGGUGAAAUUGCAGGAACUGAACUACAACUUGAAAGUCAAAGUUUUUUUUGAUAAGGAUAUAAGUGAGAAGAACUCAGUCAAAGGGUUCAGGAAAUUUAAUAUUUUGGGAACAAACACAAAAGUAAUGAACAUGGAAGAAUCUACUAAUGGAAGUCUAGCAGCAGAAUUCAGGCACUUGCAAUUGAAAGAACAGAAAAAUGCAGGAAACAGAACAAAUGAGGGUCCUCUCAUUGUAACAGAAGAACUUCACUCUCUGAGCUUCGAGACACAGCUGUGCCAGCCUGGCUUGGUAAUAGACCUAGAGACCACAUCCCUUCCCAUUGUUGUGAUCUCAAACGUGAGCCAGCUUCCAAGUGGAUGGGCUUCUAUCUUGUGGUUCAACAUGCUGUCCACUGAUCCCAAG